AUGUCCUUCCGCGACCUCCGCAAUUUUACAGAGAUGAUGAGAGCCUUGGGAUACCCUCGACAUAUUUCUAUGGAAAAUUUCCGCACACCAAAUUUUGGACUUGUAUCUGAAGUUCUUCUCUGGCUUGUGAAAAGGUAUGAACCUCAGACUGACAUACCUUCUGAUGUUGAGACGGAACAAGACCGAGUUUUCUUUAUUAAGUCAGUUGCCCAGUUCAUGGCCACAAAAGCACAUAUAAAACUCAAUACUAAGAAGCUUUAUCAAGCAGAUGGGUAUGCAGUGAAAGAACUGCUGAAGAUCACCUCUGUCCUUUACAAUGCUAUGAAGACCAAGGGGAUGGAGGGCUCCAAAAUAGGAGAGGACGACAUCAGCAAAUUCAAGUUUGAUCUUGGCUCAAAGAUUGCAGAUUUGAAAGCAGCCAGGCAGCUUGCUUCUGAAAUCACCUACAAAGGAGCAUCUCUGUAUGACCUGCUGGGCAAGGAGGUGGAGUUGAGGGAACUGAGAACAGAAGCAAUUGCUAGACCUCUGGAAAUAAACGAGACUGAAAAAGUGAUGAGAAUUGCAAUAAAAGAUAUUUUGGCUCAGGUUCAGAAGACAAAAGACCUGCUCAAUAACGUGGCCUCUGACGAAGCUAAUUUAGAAGCCAAAAUUGAAAAGCGGAAAUUAGAACUGGAAAGAAACCGGAAGCGACUCCAGACUCUGCAGAGUGUCAGACCAGCCUUUAUGGAUGAAUAUGAGAAGAUCGAAGAAGAAUUGCAAAAGCAGUAUGACAUUUAUCUGGAGAAAUUUCGAAAUCUAGCUUAUCUGGAACAGCAACUCGAGGAUCAUCAUAGGAUGGAACAAGAGAGGUUUGAGGAAGCCGAAAAUACUCUCCGUCUGAUGCAGAACAAGCUGAAGGAAGAAGAAAAGCGACUACUCAAGAGUGGAAGUAAUGACGACUCUGAUAUCGACAUCCAGGAGGAUGAUGAAUCUGACAGUGAACUGGAAGAGAGACGGCUGUCCAAGCCACGGACAGCCAUGGAGGUGCUCAUGCAAGGAAGACCUAGCAAACACAUCGUGGGCACAAUGCAAGGUGGAGACUCCGAUGACGAUGAAGACUCCGAGGACAGUGAGAUUGACAUGGAAGACGAUGAAGAAGACGACGAUCUGGAAGACGAGAGCAUUGCUCUCUCUCCGGCUAAGUCUAGCCGAAGGGUCCGGAAACCUGAGCCCCUGGAAGAGAGUGACAAUGACUUCUGA